AAGGAAAAUGUCAAGGUGGGAAAGCAGAAAGGAAAGAGUGAGAAAAAGAAGGGACCUGACAGAAAUCUGAAGCCAAAUCCCAAGAUUAAGAUCUUUGAGAAGGACCCUUUCUUUGAAACCAAUGAAAAAGUCCCAGAAGUUUCCCCAAGGAUGACCACCAAGUUGAUAUUUCGUGCUGUGAACUUGGGCAGUGUUGAGUCAGUGAAAGAUUUGCUGGCAAGGACAGAAGGAGUGACUAACCGUUCGAUGGUAGGAACAGCACUGGAUUUUGCUGUUCAGCAAGCAAAGGGGGAGAUUGUUCAACUUUUGACCCAUGAACAUUUUGAAACAGAUGCGAAGCUGAAGAAGGAGAGGAAGGCCCCACCAGCUUGUAUUAUUUCAGCUACUGGCACAGGAAACUACAAUCCGUUGUCUCUUGGAAUUAAGCAAAUUAGAGUUUUGAAUAUGAGCAGAGGAGGGAAAGAAGGAGACAAUGCAUUUGUAAAUGAUCUUUAUGAAGGCAAUGUGGAUUUACACCUUAUCAAAAACUGGAUGGAGUAUGGAGUUUCUGUUGACACACUGGAAACAUUUUUGCUGGCGUUGUCGUCUGCUACGAAAACAACACGUGACGAGCAG